GGCGGCGGCAGCUGGGGCGGGCGGCGGCGGGCGUGCGGGGGGCGGCGGCGCCCAAGCGGACACGGAGCCGGCCAGCAGCAGCCGCGGCGGCGCCGCAGGGACGAGCGCCCAGGGUCAGUCUGGGGUUCCAGCAGCCUACGCCAGCCCUUCCAGCCCCGCCCCCCACCCCUGCGUGGAAGAUGCCUGAGCAGAGCAACGACUACCGAGUGGUGGUGUUCGGGGCGGGUGGCGUGGGCAAGAGCUCGCUGGUGCUGCGCUUCGUCAAGGGCACAUUCCGGGACACCUACAUCCCCACCAUUGAGGACACCUACCGGCAGGUCAUCAGCUGUGACAAGAGCGUGUGCACGCUGCAGAUCACCGACACCACGGGCAGCCACCAGUUCCCAGCAAUGCAGCGGCUGUCCAUCUCCAAGGGCCAUGCCUUCAUCCUGGUCUUCUCAGUCACCAGCAAGCAGUCGCUGGAGGAGCUGGGCCCCAUCUACAAGCUCAUCGUGCAGAUCAAGGGCAGUGUGGAGGACAUCCCCGUCAUGCUGGUGGGCAACAAGUGCGACGAGACGCAGCGGGAGGUGGACACCCGCGAGGCCCAGGCCGUGGCCCAGGAGUGGAAGUGCGCCUUCAUGGAGACGUCGGCCAAGAUGAACUAUAACGUCAAGGAGCUCUUCCAAGAGCUGCUUACGCUGGAGACACGCCGGAACAUGAGCCUAAACAUCGACGGCAAGCGCUCCAGCAAACAGAAGAGGACAGACCGCAUCAAGGGCAAAUGCGUCCUCAUGUGAGCCCAGAGCGCCACCACCAGCGCCCCAUUGUCUGGGUCCCCAGGCUCCCCAGUCCCUUGCCCCUCCUCCUCCACCCCUCCCCCUCCAUUUCUCCUCCCCUCCCCGCCUCAUCUCUUCCACUCCUCUCCCUUUAUCCAACAUCUCCAGUGGGGAAACUGAGGCCCCGGCGAGGCUGCGGCAGACUCGGGGCCCCAACCGGGUUCUGUCUCAUCACUCUGCCUCCUGCUCCCGCCCUCCCAUCUGGUCUAUACCACCACCCCAAGCUGAGUGCUGGAAGCGGCCCCCUUGGUCUGCACGUGGGAAAAUGGGGGAUGCUGCCUGUCGGAACCCAGGAUGCUGGUUUUUCCCCAUCUCUGCCUGUCUCUGUGUCUCCCAUGACCCCCACUUCUGACUCUUUCCCUUGGGUGCCCUCAGCCAGACCUGCACCCUGCCCCCAUUAGAUCACUGUGACCUUGCCGGGGAGGAGGGAGUUGAAAUGCACAUGGACCUCAGAUUUUGUUUUCUCCAAUUAGGUGUUUGACAUCCGCUUCCCCAUCGCCCUUCCAUCCCUCAUGACCUGUGGCCUGCACCCCUCUUCUCGGGUCCCAGACCUCCCUUCUCACUCCUGUCCCCACACCUUGGUGGGGGGCCUUGCGGGCUGGGUCUCAGGCUGCCAGGCAAUAACCACAGGGCCCACAGCAGCACCCCGCCAGCCCCGAGUCCCACUCCUUGCCCUGGGCCUGGGGUGCAGGCAGGUACGGCUCAGAACCGGCCAAUGGCCACAGCACAACUCCAGGGGUCUGUCCAGAGUGAAAGUAGAGGGCCUUCCAGGACACAGCCUGCAGACAGAGACUGGCACAGUUUGUCACCACUGAGCCUGGGGUAGGGGACCUGAGGUGCUGGGGAGGGAGUGCUGGACCCAUCCAGAGGCAGGCAACUGGACUCAGCACCAGCAAGCUCUGCCCAGCCCACUUCUUCCCAUCUGGGCCCUGGUGGGGGGAUCACCUAGGCAGGUGUGGGUCCUGGAGUUAGGGUGUGUGCACCACAGUGAGAUUCUGAGUGUUUUUGUGGGUGUCUUGAUGAUACCACACUCAUGGGACCUGAUGAGGCUGUGUAAGACGAGUAUGAAGGUGACACAUAAGCCUGCAGGGGGUGGGGGAGACACUGUCCAUCUGGGAUGGACUGGGAUGAUGCACUGUCCAUCUUGAGUCAAAAGCAUUUGGGGGUGGCUUCUGUGUGUGUGACAGUCUGUAUGUGUGAUAACAGUAUAGGGUGUAGGUAGGGGUAGGUUGUGGUGGUGUUAACAGGACUGGACCCUUGAGAUAUGUGAGCCUUCGCACCUGCAAGAGGGCUGACUGUACAUGGCUAUAUUUUCAGGAAUGGGUGAUGACUGAGCAGUGAGCAUCUGUAGAUCUGCUUGUCCCAAAUGUCUGAGGAACACGACUCUGCAGUAAGGUGGCUCUCCGCAUCUGUAUCCAUCAGCCAUUGCUGGGUAACACAUGACCACAAACUCAGCAGCUGGCCAAUAGCACACACGUAUGGCCUCCCUGUGAGGCAGUAAUUGGGAGCAUCAGCAAGGCUCUGGUCUCAUCUGAAGGCCUGACCAGGGAAAGACCCACCUCCCAGCUCAUGUGCUGGUGGGCAGCAUUUGGCUGCCUGCUGGACGUGGCUGGAGCUGCCCUCAGCUCCCUGCCUCCUGGGCCUCUCCCUGGGGCCACUGGCAGCACUGGUGUCAUUAGGUAUAAGGAAGCUGUGUGUGUGUGAGUGUGUGUGUGUGUGUGUGUGUGUGUGCGCACAUGCCUGUGCAUAUGAAUGAGAGCCUGUGUGGUUGUGGUCGUAGGACAAUGUGGACUGUGUGUGGAUAAGAGGGACUGUUCACGUCUGUCUUGGUAGCUGUGUGUUUUUUCCCCUCUGUGUUUGUGUGGCUAUUCACUCUGCAAAUAUUUACUGGGCACACCGUGAGAAGGUGAGAGUGUGUGUGUGUUUGUGUGUGUGCAAGUGCAUGUGUGUGUCACCACCCGGCACAUGGACAGGCUCACAGAAGAAGAACGGGCAGCACCCUGCUUGAGCACAGCUGAGCCACUUACCCUGUGGCGGGUCCAGGGCCCACCGGCAGCCGGUGUUGACCUCUCCCCCUUGAAGGUGCAGGAGAAAGUGGGGCUGGGCAGGGGUCUGCAGCCCUUUCUCAGGGACACACCCUGAUAGCACAAUCUCCCUGGGGCCCUGCCCGCCUCCAGGCCUCUCCUGCCCCAACCCUGGGGAAGAGAGGGGUUCUGCAGUAGGGGCGCAGAACCUGCCCCAGCUGCUGGCCCAUCCUGCCUCGGCACCCCUGGGUCUGGGGUCUGUGCCAGGCCAUGCUUUCUGUGACCCCACCCCUGUCCCCUCUCCCCCCGCAUGUGGGUGCCCCCCACCCCCACCGCCCCCGUCGUGGGGUCUGUGUAGCAUUCGCUCUAGAAAUAGUCUUCCUGCAAUAAAGAAGUGGAUCCUGCA